CUUUCUCUUUACACCAAAGAGCUUUUUGUAACCUCCAAAUUUUCCCUCUCUCUUUUCGGCGGUUAAGCUGCCUCAAUCUCACCCACCAGAGAAGAAACCCAGAAACUAAACAACAACGAAAAUUGAAUCUUUCUCUCUAAUCCUCGAAACCCAUUUGAUAAUUUCUCCUAUUCUGUUGAUGCUUUUGAAGAACAGUUAGUUUGUGAACAGAGCCAAUGCCGCUUGUUAGGCUCGAAGUAGGGAAUGUUUACGGUUUAGGGCAAACGGAGCUUCACAGCAACGUCGAUCGUGAAGACCCAAAAUCGAUUCUCGACGGCGUCGCCGUUUCUGGACUCGUUGGAAUCUUACGCCAAAUCGGUGAUCUCACCGAGUUUGCAACAGAGAUUUUUCAUGGGAUACAAGAAGAGGUUAUGAUUACAGCUUCAAGAAGCAAUAAAUUGAAGAUGAGGCUGAAGCAAAUAGAAGCUGCAGUUCCUUCAAUUCAGAAGACAGUGCUUGCACAAACAAACUACAUACAUCUUGCAUACACUGGAGGUCUAGAGUGGCAUCCUCGUAUACCAAAUGUGCAAAAUCAGUUUAUUUACGAUGACUUGCCACAGUUUAUAAUGGCUCCGUAUGAAGAUUGCCGGGAACCUCCGAGGCUGCACUUGCUAGACAAAUUUGAUAUAAAUGGUCCAGGGUCUUGUUUGAAGCGAUACUCUGAUCCUACUCAUUUCAAAAGAGCGUCAAGAGCUUCUAAACUUCCAGAAAUUAAGAAGAAAAAAUCUGUGCAACGGAGUCGAGAUAUGUCACGUGUUACCUCAAUGGCUAACCAGAGUGACAGGAAGACAUUUACUUCUUUAAGCUUCAGUGGAAGAACUUCUUUCUCUAAAACUGCAUCAACGAUUGAAAUUGAAUCGAAAUCCGACUUGCAAGAUCAUCGUUCUUGCUCUUUCGAUUCCAGAAGUGGUGUAGAGAAACCGAAGGGAGUGUUUUCUUCUUCAAGGUUUACACCUGGCUCCCGGACCAUUGCUUCAGUUCUUUCUGAAAGCGAAAGCGAAGAUGCAACUGAUAGUCCUUCUCAAGAUCUAACAGCUCGUGGCUCUUCUUGCGUCAGUUGGCAUGAGAAAUCUGAGAUAGUGAAAACCGAUUCUCUGCAACGUGCAACAGAUGCAGCUCCUGAAGUAAUGGAGACGAGCUUUGUCGUGGAUGCUGAACCGGUGUCAAGACUGAAAGAACAUAGAGUGGUUGAAGCAGUCCAAGAUAUCAAACCAAGGGGAAUGGAAAUGGACAGUGAAGAUGAAACUGAAAGCGAAGGGGACGAUUUUGUUGAUGCGCUCUACACCAUCGAUUCGGAAUCUGAAAAUGAUCAAGGGUUCCAAACCACUGAAGAGGUGCAGAAGAAGAUUUCAAAUGAGAUUACAGAGGAAAAGUUGGAUAACUUUGUGUGUGAGCAAGAGACAGAGAAGAUUUCUAACAACUUUAGUGAUGAUGAGGAGACAAUAUGUGCUGCUGCAUCCGAUCUACAUCUAUUAUCACCGGUACACAAAGCUGAUGAACUGGUUAAUCGUAUGAGCAAUGGUACUCAUAGUUAUUCCAAUGGCUUCUCAAAUCCAUUGUAUGAUAUUAAUGGUAUCCAAGAACAUGAAGAAUCAGAAGAUGAGAUUUCUUGUGACACCGAAGCGACGAAACUAUGGACUAACGGAAAUCUGCUGGGACUAAAACCAUCAAAACCGAAGAUUGAAGCUGAAACCAUCCCAGAGAAUGAUGAAGACAUUGAUGCUGCAACCUUCCAAGACCCCUUGAGAGAAGCUAAUAAGGCUCCUUUUGAUUGGUUUACUUCAUCUCCUCCGCUUGAUCACAUGAAAAUAUCUUUCAAUCCCUCAGAAACCUUUCCGAGUUCUGAACUGAAGCUGAAACUUCCUGAAGAGUAUACGUUUUCUUCCUUCCAGUUAGUGCCUGAGACUGCUGCUACUUCGCUUCCUGAUUCUGAUUCAGACAAGGACACUUUCUGUAGAUCUUCUUCUUACAUUUCAGAUAACAGCGAGAAUCACUCGGCGUCAGUCUCUGAGCAGCAGUGGGAAGAAGAGUCUUGCGAAAUCCUUGAAAGCAAGAACCAACGAGAGCUCUAUGAUUCUUUCCACAGAAACAAUGCUGAAGCUUCUUCUCUCUCAGCUCCAUCUUCACAGAAUAAAACAUCAAAUGGUUAUUUAACAAGAAAUCUCUCUUACCUCCAAAAUCCAGCUGAGCCUUUACCACCGCCGCUUCCACCGUUACAGUGGAUGGUUUCGAAGAUACCAUCGGAGAGAUUCGAGGAUAACAACAAGCAAACUCUAAAGGACACUCUCAUACGCGCAUUCGAGCAGAAAAAUUCAUUAUCUGAAGUCAAGAAACAAGAACCAAACAUUGUCACUGCUUCUAAUCAAGAAAUCAACGUACAUAAGAAGAACAAUGUGAGUGAUUAUAAGCAAAGACAUGGAAACGCAAAAGAGACGGAAGCUGGAGACUUCUUGCAUCAAAUCCGAACAAAACAAUUCAACUUGAGACGUGUGGUCACGACAAAGACAUCAUCAUCAGAAACUAGGAUGAAUACCAAUUUCAGCGUUAUUCUAGAGAAGGCAAACUCCAUAAGACAGGCUGUUGCAAGCGACGAUGGAGAUGGCGAAAGCAAUACAUGGAGCGAUAGCGACACGUGACAACUGAGUGCAAUUCACUAAUAGAACCACCACAUUCAUUCCGUUUCUUAUAUGUUUAUUGUGUGGUAGAUACAUAUAUAUAGGUCGAUUUUGUUGUACGUUUUAUAUGUAUCUUCGACUAUAAAAAGUAGGUUUCUUCAAAAUAAAAUUUCAA